GUCACCCACCCCAGCCGGCUGGUGGGGCAGAGCUCGGGAGGAGAAGUCCAGAAGCAUCAGCUGGACACCAGGGUCAGGAAUGAGCCCGGAGGAGGAGGAGGAGGAGGCCCCGGUGACAGGCAGCGAGCCCCAGGGCCGCCACAGGGCGCGGGGGAGCACUGCUACUACCAGGGCCGGAUCCGGGGGCAGCCCCGCUCCUUCGUGGCUCUCUCCAGCUGCCAGGGCCUGCGCGGGGUCUUCUCAGAUGGCCGAGCCACCUACCUGAUCGAGCCCCAGGUGGGCGCAGAGCACGGGCAGGGCCUUCGACCACACGUCAUCCAGCGCGUCCCCAGCUGCUCCCGAGCGGGCUGCCUCUUCCCUGCACUGAACCAGCGCGUCGCGGGCGGGUUACCAAAGCUGCGGCGGCGGCGGCAGGUACGCCGAGCCCAGCACACGGUUCACAGCGAGACCAAGUACAUCGAGCUGGCGGUGGUGAACGACCACCAGCUGUUCCUGCAGCUCCGCAAGUCCGUGGUUCUCACCAGCAACUUCGCCAAGUCCGUGGUCAACCUGGCCGACAUGAUCUACAAGGAGCAGCUCAACACCCGCAUCGUGCUGGUGGCCAUGGAGACCUGGGCCUCGGAGGACCGGAUCCGGAUGGGGGAAGACUCCCUGGAGACCCUGAACGAGUUCGUCAAGUACCGGCGUGAGGGGCUGGUGGAGCAGAGCGACACCGUCCACCUCUUCUCGGGUCGGACGUUUCAGAGCAGCCGCAGCGGCACCGCCUUCGUGGGGGGCAUCUGCUCACCGGCCCGCGCCGGGGGCGUCAACGAGUACGGCAACGUGGCAGCCAUGGCGGUGACGCUAGCGCAGACGCUGGGGCAGAACCUGGGCAUGAUGUGGAACAAGCACCGUGCGGCGGCAGGGGACUGCCGCUGUCCGGACUCGUGGCUGGGCUGUAUCAUGGAGGACACAGGGUACUACCUCCCGCGGAAGUUCUCCCGCUGCAGCAUAGACGAGUACAACCAGUUCCUGCAGGACGGCGGCGGCAGCCGCCGACUCCUGGACCCUCCGGAGUGCGGCAACGGCUUCGUGGAGGCGGGAGAGGAGUGCGACUGCGGCUCACUGGCGGAGUGCGCGAAGAGCGGGGGCAACUGCUGCAAGAAGUGCACGCUGACCCACGACGCCAUGUGCAGUGACGGGCUCUGCUGCAAAGGCUGCAAGUACGAGCCGCGCGGCGUGUCCUGCCGGGAGGCCGUGAACGAGUGCGACAUCCCCGAGAGCUGCACCGGGGACUCCAGCCAGUGUCCCCCCAACCUCCACAAGCUGGACGGCUACUUCUGCGAAAACGAGCAGGGACGCUGCUACGGCGGGCGCUGCAAAACCAGAGACCGGCAGUGCAACGCGCUGUGGGGCCAUGGCUCAGCCGAGCGCUUCUGCUAUGAGAAGCUCAACGUGGAGGGGACCGAGAGGGGCAACUGCGGGCGCGAGGGCCCGGGCUGGCUGCAGUGCAACAAGCAGGACGUCCUCUGUGGCUUCCUCCUCUGCGCCAACAUCUCAGGCGCGCCCCGGCUGGGCGAGCUCAGUGGCGAGAUCGCCACCACCACCUUCUUCCACCAAAACCGCUACGUGGACUGCAGGGGAGGCCACGUGCAGCUGGUGGACGGCUCGGACCUGAGCUACGUGGAGGACGGGACGCCCUGCGGCCCCGGCAUGCUGUGUCUUGACCACAAAUGCCUUCCAGCCACAGCCUUUAACUUCAGCUCCUGCCCCGGCAGCUGGGACGGGAAGAUCUGCUUCGACCACGGGGUUUGCAGCAACGAGGGCAAGUGCAUCUGCCGGGCCGAGUGGACGGGGAAGGACUGCAGCGUCUACGACCCCAUCCCCGAGCCGAAGCCGACAGGGGAGACGGAGCGAUACAAGGGUCCCAGCGGCACCAAUAUCAUUAUCGGCUCCAUCGCGGGGGCCGUGCUGGUGGCUGCCAUCGUCCUAGGGGGGACAGGCUGGGGAUUUAAGAACAUCCGCCGAGGAAGGUACGACCCAGCGCAGCAGGGAGUGUAA